AUGAUUAUACCAUUUCCUGUCAUGGCGUCUCAAGAUACGUUGGAGGAUCGCUUCCAACAUGACUUAGAAACUGUCCGAUUUUUAUUUGACAGCAAGUUAGAUACAAUGGAAGCUCACACUACACAAGUCAUUGACAUCUGCAACAAGGCUCUAACAUCAGGAAAUAUACGCCAUCUUCCGAUGACACAUCGGAGCAAGACAUGGAAGUCCGCUGAAGGGACUCUUCGGCGACGCCAGAAAGAACGAAUAGCUCGUCAACACUCUCGAACUGUAGUUCAAUCAAAGGGUUGGAGUUGGGCGGACUGGUGCCGGAUUUUGGGCCAAGAGCAAUAUGAGGAUGAGAUAGGACCAUUUCAGGGCCCUCGAGAAAUUCUUGAUGCUUUACACGACUUUGGUAGCCUUCGCAUCUCGCUUUACUUUCCAGGAGAUGUAGAGCGAGUUGCAAGCCUACUAAAUCAGGAUUCUGAAAUUGUACAGAAGCUCGAAAAGUGCAUCGAGGACCUUGAUGAGCCUGGUGCUGCUGGAAAAGCAGCAGACCUCGUAAAGGGAGAGUUUCCAGGCUAUAGAGCGAUGCACCUCAUUGUGAAACUCGCACCUGAGGACAUCCCACCCAUCAAAUUGUCCCCUUGGAAAGACAUCAAAGUUGAAAUUCAAAUCGGGACUUUGAUAAUGCAUGUGUGGUCUGAAAUCGAGCACGACAUGUUGUAUAAGCCUCUUGCAUCACAAGAUCAAAAGAUAUCUCGCGAGGAAGAGCAAGUAUUGGACAUUAUCAACGACAUCGUAAUGACAAGCGAAGGGGCCCUAAGACAACUCGAGACAUGUAUUCAAAGACGGCAAGACCAACGGACAAAAGACGAAUCUGCGUUCGCGAUGAACCAUCAUGAAUUGGGUGUCUGGAUCGAAAAAUAUUGUGCUGAAAUUGCAAAACCGCUGAUUUCACAUGACUGGGAUCGUUUACCAGAAUUUUAUGAAAGUCUGAAAACGACGGGUAAUCAUCAGCACUUCAAAGUUGAAUCAAUCGUUGAGGAAGUCUUCCAAGACAAAGGUAAAGAAGUCAGGCGCGAUAAUGUCUCUCUGUUUAUGUUGCAAGUACUUUGCAAACGUAGCGUUGGGGCCCAGCCUCCCUCCCGAGAACUCGAUGGUGCCGAAAUGCAGGGCCCUAUUGCUCAAUUCUGGGCUACGCAUUUUGUGCAUAGCCUUAAUAUGGCAACCUAUCUGGGCGUCGAGAACAAAAUGAUUUGUGUAUCUGGCAGAUCUUCGCCAUCAAUGACACAGAUGCUUGACAUCCUCCAUCCUCACGAUCCUCGCUGUGGAGAUGCUACGGAUGCCCAAACCAUAAUUUCAUACUGCCAUGGGCUUCUUCAUCUCCAGCAUGAUCCAUGGGUAAUAGUUGCAACUCUCUUAUCGCGUACCACCGGUGUCAUUAGGGCGAUGAGUUCCGGUUAUUUACAUGAUAUACAUGAUAUUAUCGUGCCGGGAACCAUGAGCAGGUUCUUUGGUCUUAAGUCAGUGAACACGUUAAAUCCUUUCGGCCCUAGAAAGAUUGAUGAAGAUCCCAAUCAGUAUUGGAUGAUUGGAUUUGUGAGCUACUAUUUAGAUCGAAAAUCCUCGACGCUUUCAUACGACGUCUGGGAUCAAAUAGGACUAUUGUCUGCCGAGUCGCGAGGUCCAAUCGAACAGCAAUUCUUCAAGCCUUCAAAACUGCAGAGGCCUCUUUCGGAGUCUCUCCACUCAAGAUCAUGGGAACUCAUUGAUCCACCAAUCUUAACAGGCAGACUGCUUGAGUCUGGGGUAUUUGCGACUAUUUCCACAGGGCGAGAUGAAUUGGACGGCGCAGAAGGCAUUCUGACACUUCUAUAUCGAUUGCAUUUUAGACGUAACUGGGCUAAAGUGGAAGAGGGCUAUAAAUUAGCGCGUUCAUUAGGGCGUCCUCGCACUAUGAUGCGUUCUCGCACUCCAAGGCGAAUAGGGAUUGCCGCUUCCAAUCCUGACUAGCUAGUAGUAGUCGCAAUAGUAUUAAUUUGUAUUUGGGGAAAUAUUUUGAAGUGAAGAUCCAGUUCAGGUUACGAGAUGCAUCAUAGGGGGCCGGACUGUCGUCAGACUCUGCACAAGCUACUAGUCUCUUCACAACUAUAAUAUAUACCUCAGAUCGCCACUUUCUGUCACAUACGACCAUAGACUGAAGAGAAUUGGGCAUCCCGUCCGCUCUGCCAUACACAAGCUUCAGAUCGGUGGAUUAGUAGUUGGGUGGGUGACCACCAGCGAAUCCCCACUGUUGUAUGUUCAUUCUUUUUUUGCAUUUUUGAUGCAGAUUUUUCUGGUGGGCGACGGCGGGGUGGGAUGACAAGCAGCACAGGUGUAGAUUGCCAUUAGGUAAAUAACAGACUAGUUGAGAUGGUAUUAGAAUGUGUGAUUGAACAGCGACUAUGAGGGAGAGGAAUGGGAGGAAUGCGGUUCGAUCGAUGAGGAACAAAAUAGCUGAUAUGUAGAUGUAUCUCUUAAAAAUAGAAAAUUACUGUGAUCAACAGCAAUACAAAACUUAGCAGCCAAGCUUUUGACCCAUCAAAAUCCCACUUGAGAAUAUGGUAUCGAAGUG